AUGGCAACAGAAGAAUUGGCAGUUCUAAAACCUCAAGUGCGUUGUUUAAGGGAGGAGGAGCAGAAGGUUUGUGUGAACAAUGCAUUCAGCUGCGGUUCGGAUGCAAGAGAGAGGAAGCUGGUUUGUGUGACCAGUGGGAAUUCUAACUUGGGUUCUCACAUAGUUAAGGCUCUAUUGGCACGUGGUUACUUGGUCCGAGUCACAAUUCAAAACCAAGUGGAUUAUGAAGACAUGAAGAAGCUAAUGAGAGAUGAAGAGAUAAACCAACUCGAGGGCGUUGUUGUGGCGAACAUGGGUAGUCUGGACAGUCUCUGUGAGGCUUUUAGAGGUUGUCAUGCAAUUUUUCAUACCUCCUCCUUCAUUGAUCCGCACGGUAUCUCCGGUUAUUCGGAACAAAUGGCAUUUCUUGAAGCUGAAGCGGCAAGGAAUGUUAUUGAAGCUUGUGGCAGGGCAGCAUAUGCAAAGAGAUGUAUCUUCACUUCCUCUCUUCUUGCUGCCAUUUGGACUGGUGACAAUGAAAACAAGAUCAUUGAUGAGUUUAGCUGGACCAAUGAGGAAUUCUGCAGAGAAAACAAGCUUUGGCUAGCCUUAGGAAAGACCACUGCAGAGAUGACUUGUUGGAGGAAGUCCAAGGAAAUGAAAGUGAAUCUUGUUACAGUCUGCCCCGGCCUUCUCAUGGAUACAUCUUUUCCAAAUGCUCACAACUCUGUCAUGCUCGAACACGGUCACCUAGCCGUUGAGGAUGCAAAGAAGGCAGCAGAGGCACAUGUGUACGUUUAUGAAGCCAUGGACUAUGGAGCCUGUGGGAGAUACCUGUGCUACGGGAAGGUUGUACGAAAAAUGAGCGAAGCUAUUGAACUAGAAAAUGGAUUGAAGAUUCAUGGUUUGUUAUCAGGAGGAAGACAUGAGGCCUUAGAUGAAGAAAUACAUAGUAUGCUUAGUAAUGCAAAGCUUGUCCGAUUGAUUCGAGGUUCUCAAAAGUUAUCUUGCAAGUAG